AUGGAGAGAAAGUCUCUAGGCAAGCCUUUUGAAAGAAACCUAAGGACUGUGAAUGGCCUUGCAGAUGGGGACUUUGAGAUUUACAAAAAAAGCUUCUUCGAAUACUACGACGACCUGAUACGGAAGUACUUUGGGACCUUUGAGAGAUUUAAACUGAGGCAGGGUAAGUUGGCAAGGGUAUUCUUUUCACACGACACCUUGAAGCUUCAUUCCAAAUAUGAAUGGGUUGUUACGAGGCUCAGCUAUGGAAAGGAGGGAGAGCUGAUGGUUCCCAGGAACUUCUACAUACUGACAGAAACGGUUCUGAGCCUUGACUGCAAGGUUGGAGGGAUCUUCCGGGUCCGAAACUCAAUUACUACCAUUAAGGAAUGUGUAGAUGCAAUCAACCAGUAUGUCAGCAGAAACCUCUCUUACGGGGAGGCUCGAAGACUUCUCAUCCGGGAUUUCAAUGUGAUUGAUCUCACGACAGCAUUUAAGGAGAUUCUUAGAGAAUACUCCACCACCAUUAUUCCAGAGAGCUUGAUAGACACUAUGUUUAAAAUAGCAAGGAUCGAGAAUAGAGACGAUCAAAUCAUUCUUUGCCAGAUGCUAUUUAUAUCAAUGCCAAAAACAAAUAGACAUGUCCUGGAAGCAACAAUUUACUUUUUAUAUGUGAUGCAUGACAUUGCAACAGACGGAGGAAAGAACCACAAGAAUAACAUGAACAUGGAGGGGAUUUCCACCAUAAUGAUGCCAAAUCUUGUGAUCAAACCCCACAAUGAACUGGAUCUAGAACAAGUUGGAGUUCUUGUAAAUUUUAUGAAGAUGUUCUUUAGAGACUUUGCAAAGAUUAUCCAGCUUGAUCCGAACAUCAUGGAACUUUAG